GUUUAUUGACGAUAAACAAUAUUCUCUUUGAUUAAUUCACCAUGGAUUCGGAAGAUGCAGAUGAUGCAGAGUUUUCUAAGUUGAAGGAUUUUUUUGAUGCACAAAGCAAAGUCCAUGAGGGAUUUUGGACCAGUUUGGAUACUUUGACGGAAUCAAAUAAGUUUUACAAGUCUGCACUGGACGAGGAGAGAGAGCAGUUCAGGCAAUAUAUCGAAAAUCAAUCUUCAAGUUCCACAAAUCACUUAUAUAUAACGCUGAAAGAUGAUUACAAUAAUUUGAAAUUGGAAUGCGCAUCGCUAAGGACUGAGCUUGAUAAAGCGCAAGAGAACUCCUUGAAAGCAGUAGAAGAAUUGAAGGAGCAGCACAGGAUAGAAUUGGACGAACUGAAGCAAGAUCAUCAAAUAGAAAUUGCAUCCUGGGAGUGUAAGAUGGAGAAUCUUAAAAGAGAAAACGAAGUAAAUGAGAACGAGUUGAGCAGGAUCCAAACGGAGGCUGCGUUCAAUUUCGACGAGAUGCAAACCGAUCUGCAGAACAGGUUAUUGGAUUUGAACAAGAAACUGAGAGAGGCCAAUAACUCGAACAAUAUUUUGAGGACCCAGAUGAUGACUUUCAAAGCGCAUUACAGCGAUGGAAUUAAUUCGGCCGAGAAGAAUAAUUUCGAUAAAAUAAAGUAUUUGGAGGAUAAAUUACUGGUUAGCGAGAAUCAAUUGAGGAUUGCCAAUGAGAAACUGUUUGAUAGAGGCACCGUUCCCAAAUACACGAAAUACUCGAUGAACUUCAGGAAUACGACAGGUGUGGACGUUCCGGUUAACACGGAGACUAUAAACUUAAACAAUGAAGUCAAUUUGAAACAUGAAAAUGCGGAUUUGGAACGGGCGAAAGGAUUUUGGAGCAACGAAGCCAACAAAUCGAAUGUACUUCAGGUAAAACAGGUGACAACUGUUACGUCUACGAUGAGCGUAAACGACACAAAAUCGGGAGUGAAGAAGAGGAGGAAAUUAUUCAAUUUGGAAGACACCGAUUACUUGAAUAACUUAAAUUACCAAAACGAGUGAAAUUAUAUUGCGUUUCUUUUAUUAUUAAAUAUACUAAAGUAAUUUUACGAUCCUUUGUAGCAAACUAUAUAGAUUACAUGUGAAUUAAUUACAAAUG